AUGAGCAAGUCGAUGUGUGGCUGUGGCUGCAGCAUCAUCUCCUCUUUGAUGAAGAGACUGGGCCGCACAGCGUGCUGCUCAGACCUCUUCUCCAGCCAUACUUCAGAACAGCUGCAGCGCCUGGCCACUGGCUGCCCACCUCAACCAAAGAAUGCCAAGCCCUUCUCCUCCUCAGACAGCCUAGCGAAGGUCCAGGAGGUAGCAAGCUGGCUUUUGGAAAUGAACCAGGAUCUGCUGUCGGGGGGCAGCAGCAGCAGGCGGAGUCGAGGGCCGGGGGGUCCGGCAGUGCGAGGUAACGCCUCCUCCACGGCCCGGGCACCCCAGCAGGCAGCAGAGGAGGGUGAUGAAGAUGAGCACAUGAACCGGGUAGUAGAGGAGGAAGAGCAGCUGCAGCAAAGGCCUGAGGCGUUGCAGGUUGAUGGCGAGAGAGAACAGCCAUGGGCGCCAAGUGAAUCUGGAGCCAGCAAUGGCCCUCGGGGACACGAAGAAGGGGAAGAAGAAGAGGACGGCCCUCCGAACGAAGUGAACGGAGGAGAGAAAGGAGCCCGAUGGAUGUGGGGGCCAGAGCAGAGGCGACUGCGGGGCCAGCCGCUGGGCGAAGAGGAUGAGGAGGAGGAGGAAGAGGAAGAGAACAACAACAGCAGCAGUCACCAAGAGGAGGAGGAGGUGGAGGAGAGGACAGAGGGAGGGGAGGAGCAGGGGAGGGAGGAAGAGGAGAGGGAAGAGGGCGAGGAGGAAGAGGAGGAGGAUGAGGACGAGGAAGAGAUGGACCAAGACAGUGAUGACUUUGAACAUUCGGUGGAGAGUGGGAGGGAGGAGGAAGAGGAGGAGGAAGGAGAAGGGGAGGAAGGGCUGCGGUCUCCCUCUCUCAGGAACAAUGUGUCGGCCCCCAAUAACAACCUGGACUCGGGUUGUACACACCAAAGCUCUUCCAACAAGAAGAUGAAGAGGAAGUUGGACCAUGGCCCCGAGGUCCGAUCUUUCCCUUCAGGAAAAAAGCCCUGCAAAGGCCCAGAGUAUCCAAGCCCGACAGGAAUUGUCCCUUGUCCAGCCACACCCACCACAUUCGGCCACAUUCGAACAGCCAAUGGUCAGGGGCAGCAGAGACGGCGCAUCACCUCAAUCCAGCCACCCACGGGUCUCCAAGAAUGGCUCCGAACAUUUCAGAGCUGGACUGGCCCAGAGAAGCUGCUGGCGCUGGAUGAGUUGAUUGACAGCUGUGAGCCCACACAAGUCAAGCAUAUGAUGCAGGUGAUCGAGCCGCAGUUUCAGCGAGACUUCAUCUCCCUGCUGCCCAAAGAGCUGGCUUUGUAUGUGCUGUCAUUCCUGGAACCGAAGGACCUCCUCCAGGCUGCCCAGACGUGUCGCUACUGGCGCAUCCUGGCAGAAGACAACCUGCUGUGGAGGGAGAAAUGCAGGGAAGAAGGCAUCGAUGAGCCUCUGCUCCUCAAGAAGAGGAAAAUCGUCAAGCCUGGCUUCACUCACAGCCCCUGGAAGAGUGCCUACAUCAGGCAACACAGAAUAGACACCAACUGGAGGAGAGGAGACCUCAAAUCACCCAAGGUGCUGAAAGGUCAUGACGACCACGUGAUCACCUGCCUCCAGUUCUGUGGUAACCGCAUCGUCAGCGGCUCUGACGACAACACGCUCAAAGUCUGGUCAGCCAUCACAGGAAAGUGUCUGCGCACGUUGGUGGGCCACACAGGGGGCGUUUGGUCAUCCCAGAUGAGAGACAACAUUAUUAUCAGCGGCUCCACUGAUCGCACACUCAAGGUCUGGAACGCAGAGACAGGAGAAUGUAUCCACACCCUCUAUGGGCAUACCUCAACAGUGCGCUGCAUGCACCUACAUGAGAAAAGGGUGGUCAGUGGCUCUCGUGACGCCACGCUGCGCGUCUGGGACAUCGAGACAGGUCAGUGUUUACACGUCCUCAUGGGCCACGUGGCGGCGGUGCGCUGCGUCCAGUAUGACGGACGGCGGGUGGUCAGUGGUGCCUACGACUUCAUGGUCAAAGUUUGGGACCCCGAGACGGAGACCUGCCUCCACACGCUGCAGGGCCACACCAACAGAGUGUACUCAUUACAGUUUGAUGGGAUCCACGUGGUGAGCGGCUCUUUGGACACUUCUAUAAGGGUCUGGGACGUGGAGACGGGCAACUGCAUCCACACGCUAACAGGGCAUCAGUCCCUCACCAGCGGCAUGGAGCUCAAAGACAACAUCCUGGUCUCAGGCAACGCAGACUCCACUGUCAAGAUCUGGGACAUCAAGACGGGACAAUGCCUGCAAACACUGCAAGGUCCCCACAAGCACCAGAGCGCCGUGACGUGCCUCCAGUUCAACAAGAACUUUGUCAUCACCAGCUCGGACGAUGGCACAGUUAAACUGUGGGACCUGAAGACGGGCGAGUUCAUCCGAAACCUGGUAACUCUGGAGAGCGGCGGCAGCGGCGGUGUGGUGUGGCGCAUCCGGGCCUCCAACACCAAGCUGGUGUGUGCGGUGGGCAGUCGCAAUGGCACAGAGGAGACCAAGCUGCUGGUGCUGGACUUUGACGUGGACAUGAAGUGAGAAGGGACGUGGUGGGGAAGGACGAAGAGAGCGAAACUACGGAGAGGAAGGAAUAGAGAGGGAAUGGGAGAUGAGGCACCUAAAAACCGAAGGGCCAAAGCCCAGAACUCUUCACCCAAAAUCUACAACCACCACCACUGACAGUGGGCUGUCCUGUCCUCUACCAUUAUCUUCCCCGUCCCCCUUUGGGCAAAUGUUACUGACACAGCCGCACAUGUGCUCCGCCCCUGCUUUCGACGCCGUACCACCAGUACGCGGUGGAGUCAGAGGGGAUCGGGCUGAAAACGGGGCGUCGGGGCGCGACCUGUCUGAAGAGCGGAAGAAAGGAAUGACUGAUGACGACUGAACUCUUUUGAAGUGACUCUCAUCCCUUUCGGUUUGGGGUCCGCUUCGCACAGAGACUUGGUUUCGCUCAAGCCUGACAGAUUUUGAGAUGUACAGAGAUAUAUUAUUUUUUAAAGACACCCCCCCC